CACUCUACCAAGUCUACCAUACAAAUGGAAACAGCCUCCCCAUUAAAACCAAUUCUCGCUACCAAUAUCUCCCCGGAAUCCUUACAAAACUACAAAGAGGAAAUAUCAACUCUUCCUCAAGAAACCGGCUGGACUCCUUUCCAGCACGAGCCUCUUUGAUCAUACCAAGGAUUUUGGUUCUCUCGUUCCAUCUUGGAAGGAGCCAUGCAUGCUCGAGAUCACUUCCAGGCUCAACCCAGUGACAUUUUCCUGUGCAGCCCACUUAAAACGGGCUGCACUUGGCUUAAGGCCUUGAGUUUCUCCAUUGCGACCAGAACCCAGUUCGACAAUUCCACAAGCCCUCUCCAAAAAUGGGUGCCCCACGAUUGCAUUCCCUUCUUGGAGCAUGGUGAGUACUCAACUGCACCAGGGCCAAGAAUCCCACUCUUUGCUACCCACCUUCAGUAUACGUGCUUGCCUAAAUCAAUAAUAGAUUCAGGUUGUAAAAUUGUCUACAUCUGUAGAGAUCCAAAGGAUACGUUUGUUUCAAUGUGGCACUUCUUUCAAAGGAUAACAAAAUGUAACAGUAAACAAGAACUAGGUGAGGGAGACUUGAUUCCUAUAGAGGUGGCCUUUGAGUUUUUCUGCAAAGGAAUGUCUUAUUAUGGACCUUACUGGGAGCAUGUGUUAGGAUAUUGGAAAGCAAGCCUGGAACGCCCUGACAAGAUACUUUUCUUGAAGUAUGAAGAUAUGAAGAGAAACACUGAAGUAUGUGUAAUGAAACUGGCUGAGUUCUUUGGGUGCCCUUUCUCUUUGGAGGAAGAAAGAGAAGGCACGGUACAAAAGAUUAUAGAGUCAUGCAGUUUCGAGAUUUUGAGCAAUCCAGAGGUCAAUAAGAUGGGAAAGCUAGUGAGGAAGAACAGGUUUGUUGAAAAUAAUGCAUAUUUCAGAAAGGGAAAGGUUGGAGAUUGGAGGAAUUAUCUAACAGCUGAGAUGGGGAUGCGCCUUGACGACAUCAUGGAGGAGAAGUUAAGUGGCUCCGGGUUGACCUUCCACAUCUCACCUCAAGAAUGACAAGAAAAAAGUGAAAAAGGAGAAGAGGUGGUGCAAGGCCAUGGAAACGAAGGCUAAUUUUAAGAGAA